UUGGAUUUUUAAUUUCUUUGUUCUUGUUGAAGCCCAAUACUUGAUGGUUUUGGUGAAUUGUGCAUGAAGCAGCCUCUUGGGUUUUAGUGUUGGAACUCGUAGGCGAGACAGUGGAUUCUAGAGCAAUGGCGUCCGCGUCGGAAGAUCCAGUGGAUGCGCUGCGCGCUGCCGUGAAAGAGCAGGGUGAUCUUGUGCAGUCAUUGAAGAAAAGUGGUGCUCCGAAGGCUGAUGUCACUGCAGCUGUCAAUGAGCUGAAAGUGCGCAAGAGAGCUUUAGAGAAAGAGAUCAGUGUGCUAGAGCCCCAGGUGGAUAUCGACAGGAAGAAGUUUGAUGCGUUCCUCGCGUCGCGUUACGUGUACUGUCCGACUGCCGAGAUUUACAAUGGCAUUGCUGGCCUCUACAACAUGGGCGCUACUGGUGCUCAAAUGGAGGACGAGCUCCUGUCUCUUUGGAAGUCCUACUUUCUGAGGAAGGAGCGUCUGCAGCUUGUACGCUGUCCCGUACUCAACCCAGAUACUGUGCUCAGGGUGUCUGGCCAUGAAGAGCGGUUUAUCGAUGUCAUGGUCAAGGACAUGGAGACUGGAGCAUGUUACCGUGCUGACCAUCUUCUGGCUGCCCACUUGGAGAAGCUCAUUGAGUCGAAGAAAUCAUCCGCUGAGGAGAAGGAGGCUGCGAGAGCACUCAUGCCCAAGGUGGAAGCGCUGAACAAGCAGGAACUGGGUGAGCAGCUGACAAAGUUUGGCGUCAAGGUCGGUGAGAGAAAGGACCAUGCCAUUUCAGAGCCACUCAACUUCAACCUGAUGUUUUCCACCAUGGUGGGACCCGGUGGACAGGAACAGAAAGUGUACCUUCGACCGGAGACGGCGCAGGGCAUUUUCCUGGACUUCAAGCGCCUUUACCAGAACAACAACGAGAGACUUCCGUUUGGCGCCUGCCAGAUUGGCUCGGCGUACCGCAAUGAGAUUUCGCCACGCAAUGGCCUCAUUCGCCAACGGGAGUUCCUGAUGGCUGAACUGGAGUACUUUGUCCUGCCCGACCAGAAGACGCACGCCAACUUUGCGUCGGUGCGCGACCUGGAGGUGUGCUUGCUGUCCGCGGAGCAGCAGAUGACAGGGCAGGCGGCGCGGCGAGUUAAACUCGGUGAAGCUCUGCAGUCCGGUGUAAUUCGCAGUGAGAUCAUGGCCUACUUCAUUGGUAGAAUCGCUCUGUUUCUCAUGGCUGCCGGCAUUCGCAAGGAGAUGCUUCGCUUCCGCCAGCACAUGGACAACGAGAUGGCCCACUACGCGUGCGACUGCUGGGACGGAGAGUGCAGAACAAGCAUUGGCUGGGUAGAGUGUGUUGGAUGUGCCGACCGUUCAGACUUUGAUCUGAAGCUACACUCAGCAGCUUCCAAGACCAGCCUCUGUGCGCAGGUCAGGCUGAAGGAGCCGCAAUCUGUAGAUGUCGUCGAAGUCUGUACCGAUAAGAAGGUCAUGGGCAAAGCAUUCCGUGGAGAUGAAAAGGUUGUUACGCCUUAUCUGCAUGCGCUCCAGGAUCCGGAAGCAGCUCAGCUUGAGGAGUCACUAGCAACCAACGGAUCUGCAGAGGUGACGAUCGAAGGCAAGUCCUUCACCGUCAAGCCAGAGCACAUAAAAUCUGUCAAGCGCUUCAAGAAGGACAUCUAUGAGGAGAAGAUAUUCCCGCACGUCAUUGAGCCGUCGUUUGGCAUCUCGCGUAUCCUGCACGCCAUUCUGGAGCAGAAUUUCCAGGUGCGACCGGAAGACGCACAGAGGACGUGGCUGAGCCUGCCAGCGGCUGUGUGCCCUGUGAAGUGUGCCGUCCUGCCCCUCAGUAACAAGGAGGAGUUCACGCCGUUCCUGCACAAGCUCUCUGAGGAACUCACCGACCUAAACCUGGCUAAUCUCGUGGACGACAGCAGCAGCUCCAUUGGACGGCGGUACGCGCGCAUGGACGAGAUUGGAGUGCCGUUCGACAUGACGGUGGACUUUGCCACUCUGACCGCUGACACGGUCACACUGAGAGAGCGAAACACCACCAAGCAGCUGCGAGUACCGGUCAGCAAAGUAAGCGAGGCCGUCGACUUGUUGUGCCGUGGCAAGGCCAGCUGGGAUGAUAUGGCUAAAGUCUACCCGGAACACACCAGCCAAGAGGAUGAGAAGGCAUCGGCAGCUGCCACCGCCACUGAAUAGCUUCUUCCUCAACUGACGCUGCUCGGCUGAGCGCAGGCCGAAGAGCUAUGCGUUGUCAUGCACUGUGCUGUGACAUGAAGCUAGGCUCGGUGUGGCUAUGGUCCUACGGAAUGUUGUGUCAACACUCAGAUGCAUUGGCUUGACUGCACAUAAUGUGUCCAGUAUCCAGAUGCGUUGUUUUUGGUCGGUGUGUCUGGCCGCUCUGGCGUGCAGGCAGCUCCAAAGUGCUUUGUUCUGCUUGCGUGCCGGGACCAGCUGCAUUGCCCUCUGUGCUGUCCGGCUGCAUGCUUGCCCGUGGUGCAUGCACAUGUUGUGUCUGCGUCCGCGCCGCAGCAGCUACUGCACUCUGUGUGCGUACUGCCCGGGCUUCAGUACGUGGCGAGCGCCGCAUGCAUCGAUAGCAACAGAGUGGCUGCCGCAGGCGCAGAAAUAACACUCGCUCCUUACGUGCGCUGUUUGUUGCACUACUCUGCCACUCAGUUUUUUUUCUAUUGGCUGGAAUUUGGUUUCGAAAUCUAAUGCCAGAGCUAUCUUGCUGUGCGUUUUGCUCGUGUUUAGUGCGCUCAUUAAUUCUCGAUAUAUUUAAAUUUAUUUUGGGCGACUGUCUGAUCGGAGACUCGGCGAAUGUCUUUGGAAUCGUGA